CAUUGCAGUCCUAUGAUGCAGCAAAUGAUAGAGCUUUAUAUUCCUUAUAAUAAUAUGUUUUUGGUAUGGGGAGAGGAGCAGAUCCAGCCCUCAGGCCGUGUACCCUUAUCUCUCAAUCACAUUUACUUUUUUUCUGUUGCAGUGGCAAAUGAAGCAGGGGAAAGCCACCCCAGACCCCUGGCCCGCUUUGCACGCUCCAAGUCGCAGAAUGCAUUAUGGAAUGCUAUCACAGCAGGCAUUGGGAUCAGAGACAAAGACAAGAGAGGGAUUGUAAUCGACCCACGUAGCCCGGAGGAGAUCCUUGCUGAUGAGCUGCCUGCUGUGGACAGUCCUGAUGCCAUGGAGAAGACUGCCAUCAGGUUACGAUGUCUCGUGAAACAGCUGGAACGUGGCGAGGCCUCUGUGGUGGACCUGAAGAAGAACCUGGAGUAUGCAGCUUCUGUACUGGAGUCAGUGUACAUCGAGGAGACACGGCGACUGGUGGACACGGAGGAUGAGCUCAGUGACAUCCAGUCAGACUCGGUGCCCUCGGAGGUGCGGGACUGGCUGGCCUCCACCUUCACGCGGCAGAUGGGGCUGAUGCUGAGACGGUCGGAGGAGAAGCCACGUUUCCGCAGCAUAGUUCACGCUGUGCAGGCUGGGAUAUUUGUGGAGAGGAUGUACCGCCGGACGUCCAACAUGGUCGGAUUAAGCUAUCCACCCAGCGUGAUAACGGUGCUAAAGCAUGUGGAUACGUGGUCAUUCGAUGUGUUCGCGCUGAAUGAAGCAAGUGGAGAUCAUGCACUGAAAUUCAUAUUUUAUGAACUUCUCACCAGAUAUGACUUAAUUAAUCGCUUCAAGAUCCCCAUCUCUGCACUGGUAUCCUUUGUGGAGGCUCUGGAAGUGGGAUACUCCAAACACAAAAACCCCUACCAUAACCUUAUUCACGCAGCGGACGUCACUCAGACCGUACACUACCUUCUGCUGAAGAGCGGCAUGGUGCACUGGCUGACAGAGUUGGAAAUCUUCGCUAUGAUAUUUGCUGCAGCAGUACAUGAUUAUGAACACACUGGGACCACUAACAACUUCCACAUACAAACCAGGUCAGACGCAGCUAUAUUGUAUAAUGACCGUGCAGUGCAGGAGAACCACCACGUAAGUGCUGCUUAUCGGCUGCUGCAAGACGAUGAUGAGAUGAACAUCCUCUAUAACUUAUCAAAGGAUGACUGGAGAGAGCUGCGGACACUGGUGGUUGAGAUGGUUUUGGCUACAGAUAUGUCCUGUCAUUUCCAGCAGAUUAAAGCCAUGAAGAACUUCCUGCAGCAACCAGAAGCGAUUGACAAACCGAAGGCCUUAUCCCUGUUGCUGCACACUGCGGACAUCAGCCAUCCGGCCAAAAGAUGGGAUCUGCACCACCACUGGACCACCUCUCUGUUGGAGGAGUUUUUUAGGCAGGGGGAUAAAGAAUCAGAUUUGGGACUGCCCUUCUCUCCUCUCUGUGAUCGCAAGUCCACCAUGGUGGCCCAGUCUCAGAUCGGCUUCAUUGAUUUUAUCGUAGAGCCCACCUUCACUGUGCUCACAGAUAUGACUGAGAAAAUAGUGACGCCCCUCAUUGAUGAGGCCUCGAGUUCGGGCCUGGCUGGAUUCAGACGGUCCAGCUUGAACAACAUCCCAGCAGAUGGAAAGCGUCCCAGUGUGAAGAGCACGGGCUCAGAAGGCAGCACCUCCCUGCUUAGUGUCGACUUCAAGAGCUUCAAGGCUACCUGGAACGACGAGGUGCACCAGAACCGAGAGAAGUGGAAAGCUCAGGCAGCCAAAGACUUAGAGGCCAAAAAGGAGGAGGAAGAAAAGGCCAGGCAGGAGGACGGUGAGGGGAAACACAACAGCGAGGGGCAUGCAGACACAGAGAAAACAGACUCAGCGCAGGACAAAGACAAGACUGAGAAAGACGCAAAAGACAAAUCACAAGACACGAAAGACAAGUCAGACUCUACCAAAGCCAAAGCAGACAAGAAGGAGCCCACCAAGCAGCAGCCCAAAGAGGCUGAGGGCAAGAAGGACCCAGGGGGGGUAAAUAACUCUAAAGCAGAGACGGCUAAUGAAGAGGUGCCUGACAGCAGCAGCGAUACAGACAAUAGCCAGCAAGUUCAAAAUGGGGAGGUGCCAGAGGAGCUGGACUCACCUGACAGUGACGACAGCGGCACAAAGAGCUCGGACGAUGCCGAGGAGGAGCACAGCAGUCACGACAGCUCACCCGCAUCUCUCGCAGCCAGCGCUGCGGCUGCAGCUGCCUCAACGCCUGAUGCACACUAACCACACUUUCCUUUCUCAACAAGGACUCCGUCCUCUGAGCAAGCCUCGCACGACAGCGCCGUGGCUCCAUCUGGUGGCCACCCUUCAGUUCUUGGGAAUGCAUUUGACCUCUGUUUUUCCUUCCUUUUUUCGGUUGAAAUGAGGAUUUUGUUUUUUCACAAGCAGACUUUAUUUUUCCUUUGUUACAUUUUGGUUAUUUUAAUUAUUCUUUUUCUCUUUUUUUUUUGUUGCCUGAUUUUUUUUCCUGCUUUUACCGAUGUGUCUUUAUGGCUUGGUUUUUCGGGCCUGGCAUUGCGAUGAGACUUGAGAGGCCCCAGCUUGGAGACCUUUUUCCUACUGUUAACCCAGUAAAGGGUCCUGUUAGCCAGCAUUUGUUGCCAUAGAUGUGGCAGGAGUCUGUUAGUGCUGAAGCCAGGAGGGAGCAUAUGGCAGUGUGACCAUCAUGCUUUCCUCCCCAGCUGAGCUCUCCCUGGAGAUGAUACACACACAUAAACACACACUCAUAUACACACACACACAUAAGCAUACACACUCUCUCUCUCUUACACACACACAAACACACACACACACAGCAGGCAUUAGCUUUAUAGUUGCACGUGCUCCAGAGCUCUGUAGACACUGGUCAGAGACGGAGGACAGACAGAAAGACAGACAAACAGACAGACAGAGAGCCUGGAACAGACACACAGCCAGCUUGACUGGGCUGCAGUCCCCACUGUAAGCCUCUUUCCAUGGCAGAACCCACAGAUGAAUGUUCAAUUUUGUGGAAGAACAAUAUAAAGAAUGUCGGCUUCAUUUUGUUUGUUAUUUUUCCUGUAUUUUUUAUUGUUCUUGUUUAUUGUUCUUUGUCUUUAUGUAACUGCUGGGUUUUUAUGCAUUGUGUGCAGUCUGUAAAUAUGCAGGUAAGGACUUUAUUAGUUUACAUUUUACAUUCAACAGUGAUGGUGAGAAGGAUAUUUUUCUACACAUCUUCUCAGACCGAGGGGAUAUAUCAUAAAACCUGCUAUAGUAUAAUAUCAUUCUAUCAUAAAACAUCAGAGCAUUCAUCAUAUGCUCAUUUUGACCAUAAAUCAGUUCCGACAGUGAUAAUAAACUCAUUUCAAAUGACUGAAAAUGGCAUUGUCUUCACAUUACUGCUUUACUUUUGCCAAAUAAUGUAGAUUUAGGGGUUUACGGGGUGCAGUCUAUAUACCCGUCAGUGUAGUUUAAAGCUAAGAUAAGAGAUAUAGAUAUUUUACUAUAUAUUCAGCUUUUCAGCAGGGCAGUCUGACCUCAAAAUAUUCUGACCGAACUUGUGGCCAUGUGUUCAAUUCUCUCCGGUUUGACUAGACUAUAUGUUUGUAACUCGUAACUCUGUACAGGCUGCAAUGCCAUCGUAGGACUUGUCUCCUAUCAGUUCUCACUGUUGUAACUUUCAGUUGAUCAGGACUUGUAAUAUAAUAGAUGUACUUUCUGAUUUGAACAGUCAGUUUUAUUUUUGAACAUUUUGUAUGUAUUAACUGUACAUAAAGAAGGAAAUAUUAUUUAUAAACAAGUGUGUACAGGUAUAGCUGUAAUUAAGAAAGCUUGUAAGACUUGUAGACUUUUUAAAGCAUGGAUGGUUUGCAUCAUUGCAAAUUCGUUCAUUCAUUGUUUCAUUCUCUUUUACCAGGUCUGUUCAAUUUUAUUGAAUUUAAUGAGAAAAAUAGUUUUUUUUUUGUUAUUUUACAUAUGCUUGGAGAUGCUUCUCCAAUCUUCCUCAGACUGUUUUAUGUUAUUAAUCAUGGGGGAAAAAAGAAAGAUUGACUGAUUGUAAUGUGUUACACCCAUAUGAUGCAAAUAUGUAGUUAGAUGAAGCACAUGUGCUGCCAACUCUUUUCCUACUCCAUUACACCCAAGCCAUGAUCAUUAACGUUUUUUUAUGUUUAUUAUGAGUUUGUGUUUUUUAUGCUGCAUUUAAAAAGGUAAAAGAUGAUAGAUGCAAUACCAGUCAAAAGUUUGGACACACUUUCAAUUCAGUGCUUUUUGAUCAUUUUUAAACAAAAAAAGUGUUAAACAAACCAGAAUAGGUUAUAUAUUUUAAAUUAUUCAAAGUAUUACACCUUAAAAAAUUUUGGCUGGAUUUUCUCAGUCAGCCUUAUGAGGUAAAGUCAGCUGAAACAUAUUUCAGUUAACAGCUGUGCUGAACUCCUCAAGACUUACUUAUUUAAGAAUUACUUAAAUGUCUUGCCUCAAUGUGUUUGAGAGCAUCAGUUAUAAAGUUGUGAAGAGGUAGAGUUGGUACACAGUUAACAGCCCUGUUUAAGUAAUAUUCCAAUCCAUAUUAUAGCAAGAACUACUCAACUAAGUAAAGAAAAAAAGGCACAAAAAGGCAGACCAAGAUAUAUCUCUGUUGCACAGGAUAGGUUCAUCAGAGUUACCAGCCUUAGAAACUGCAAGUUAACAGCACCCCAGAUAAAAGCUUUCCUAAAUGAUUCACGGAGUGUUUUGGUUUGUUUAACACUUUUAAAUUUACUACAUGAGUCCUUAUGUGUUCCUUCACAAGCUGUAUGACUUCAGUAUUAAUUUAUAAUGUAGGAAAAACAUUAAGCAUAAAAAACAUUGAAUGAGAAAGUGCAUCCAGAUUUUGACUGGUACUGUACGUUUUUAAAUCUAAACUGCAUUUUGUUAAAUACAAAUAAAAAAAUAAAUAAAUCAACAAAUUGACAAAGUUUUAUGUACAAAAGAUGAUACAAUUUAAAGCACAUAUUAAUAAUACUGUACAGUAUAUUACAGUGUGAGUUAAUCAAAAUUGUACCAGAAUUAAUCUAAUAUAAUCAAUUAAUUUGGAAAAUGUACCUGAACAGCACAAAUGCCAUAUGUGUUUCUUUAUGAUGUCAAUUUUUGAUUUUAUCUUUCUGUUUUUAUUUGAUAUUGGUGGGUAUUUUUGGAUAGCUAACUAAAUCACUGUGUAAAAUAUUGUUGCCUUGACCAAAGAGAUAGAUUGUUAUUUUGAUGAGUUCAUUAUUAUUAUUAUUAUUUCCAAAUUAGCACAAACUGCUGAAUCGGUGGAUUGACAUACUGUGCAGGUCUUUAUUUUUAUGAAGUUUUAUUAUGCUUACAAAUAAUUGUUGCCUUAAAUUCAUUUGAUUGCACCACUGAUAGGAUGUCAUCCUUCUGGACCUCAGCUUAGGACCGGGUGUUUCUUUCUUCUUCUUCUUCUUCUUUUUUUUUCCUCUGGAAGACGAGUUUUUCAAUAGAAUGUUUACCACUGAAGGUUAGAGUGAUUUCUAUGCCAAUCACCCUGUGUAUUUACUGCGUGUUUAUGAGAGACGUUUUGAGCUUAUUUUCUUACCUGUGUGCUCAGUGAUUAGCCAAAACGUUAAAUCCAAUUAGCAGGCGACCAUGCAUCAAAGCAGCCAUCUUCAUAUUCAUACAGCUUUAUUUCUGUCUGUGACAGUCAGUCUGUAUUAUGGUCAGUAUGGUAUGUAAAUGUCUUGAACUUACGUUUAAUUUAGGCUUUGUAUGUCGUGAGCAUACAUCUAAACUCUGAGAGACAGUUCUGCUGAUAUUAAAUGGGAGUGAAAUGGGUUUUCUCUUUUAUCCGGUCACCAGCAAAGUGUAGUAAAAGGAUUAAAGCAGAGCUGAACACGGCGUUAUUUAAACUUCACAGAUCUCAGUGAAUGGCCAUCAUAAGCACGCCGCUUUCCUCAACACUAGAGGUCAUGUUUUUAUAAGGUAAUACUUUUUAUGAGCGGGGAAACACGGCCAGGCCUGUGCUAACUGUGGCGCAUGCGUUUGCUUACAAACCACUCGGCCCACCCGCCCUCAUCAGUUGCGCCACGCUGUGUGCAGUGUGAAAUACUCCACAAGAAAUUGUUGUUGAAAUUGUUUCAGAUCUAAAGCAGCAGUAAAUAUGGUGCAGUGAAAUAUUGCCUUAAUGAUUUUCUUAGUUCUGCUUUGUACUAACAAACAAACUGCCAGGUGUUUAGGUCAACCCUGUAUUCCUGUUUGUGUGAGUGUCAUACAUCAACCUCCCUAAAUGUCUUUGUAAUAAAAACAUUCUAUCCCAAAUCUAAAAUCCACUUUAUAUGUAAAAGAAAAUUCUCUCAAACUACUGAAAAGGUAAAAUUAUAUGUAGUUUUAUAGAGUUUAAACCAAUAAGCAGAUUAGUGUAAAAAAACAAAAAACAAAAAAAAACUAAACUGUAGACUCAAACAAAGAGAAUCAAAGGGUAGCAAAGUCAGAUUCAUGGAAUUAUGUUUCAUAGCUCAGUGCCAUUAUAUGUCAAUUGUCUUGAGAAAUCUUUCAGUUUCAUUUUUUUGUCCUGUUUUUUGUGCACUCCUCCCAACACUGUAUGAUCUACAGUUAUGCAUUUCUGUGUAUUAUCUUAUCUUUUGUGAGGUUGAUGCCAAACCUGUCUUUUUUUUUUUUUUUUUUUUUUAAGAGAGGAAAAUGAUCACAAACCAAGAGAGAAACAUUUUGGUGUGAUCCUGUUCGUUCCAAUUGCUCCAUAUUUCACUGUUGUGACAAUAAAUCUGAACUCAAAGGGCUCA